AUGCAGUGUGUUGAAAAUGCCUUGAAUAAUGAAAUGAAGGCAUUUUGUGUUCCUUUCACAGAUAUUGAAGCACAGAUUCGAGAGAUUCAAGGCAAGAAGGCAGCUCUUGAUGAAGCGCAAGGAGUGGGCCUUGAUUCUACAGGUUACUAUGACCAGGAGAUUUAUGGUGGAAGCGACAGCAGAUUUGCUGGCUACGUGACAUCAAUUGCCGCCACUGAACUUGAAGAUGAUGACGAUGACUACUCAUCAUCAACAAGCUUACUUGGGCAGAAGAAGCCAGGAUACCAUGCCCCCGUGGCAUUGCUCAAUGAUAUUCCACAGUCAACAGAACAGUAUGACCCAUUUGCUGAGCACCGGCCUCCGAAGAUCGCAGACCGGGAAGACGAGUACAAAAAACACAGGCGGACCAUGAUCAUUUCCCCGGAGCGUCUUGAUCCUUUUGCAGAUGGAGGGAAGACCCCUGACCCUAAGAUGAAUGCUCGGACUUACAUGGAUGUAAUGCGAGAACAGCAUUUGACUAAGGAAGAGAGAGAAAUUAGGCAGCAGCUAGCAGAGAAAGCUAAAGCUGGAGAACUGAAAGUCGUCAAUGGAGCAGCAGCGUCCCAGCCUCCCUCAAAGCGAAAGCGGCGCUGGGAUCAAACUGCUGAUCAGACUCCUGGUGCCACUCCCAAAAAACUGUCCAGUUGGGACCAGGCAGAGACCCCUGGGCAUACCCCUUCUUUAAGAUGGGAUGAGACACCAGGUCGGGCAAAAGGAAGUGAAACUCCUGGAGCAACCCCUGGCUCAAAAAUUUGGGAUCCCACGCCGAGUCACACACCUGCAGGAGCUGCUACUCCUGGCCGAGGAGACACACCUGGCCAUGCAACCCCGGGCCAUGGAGGUGCAACUUCCAGCGCCCGUAAAAACAGAUGGGAUGAGACCCCCAAAACCGAGAGAGAUACUCCUGGGCAUGGAAGUGGAUGGGCUGAGACUCCUCGAACAGAUCGAGGUGGAGAUUCAAUUGGAGAAACACCAACUCCUGGAGCCAGUAAAAGAAAGUCCCGUUGGGAUGAGACCCCAGCAAGUCAGAUGGGUGGAAGCACUCCUGUUCUGACCCCUGGGAAGACACCGAUUGGCACCCCGGCCAUGAACAUGGCCACCCCAACACCAGGUCACAUCAUGAGUAUGACUCCUGAGCAGCUGCAGGCGUGGAGGUGGGAGAGAGAAAUUGAUGAGCGAAACCGCCCACUCUCUGAUGAAGAAUUGGAUGCCAUGUUCCCAGAAGGAUAUAAGGUACUUCCCCCUCCAGCUGGUUACGUUCCAAUUCGAACUCCAGCCCGGAAGCUGACAGCAACUCCAACACCAUUAGGUGGGAUGACUGGUUUCCACAUGCAGACGGAAGACAGAACCAUGAAAAGUGUUAAUGACCAGCCGUCUGGCAAUCUUCCAUUUUUAAAACCUGAUGAUAUUCAGUACUUUGAUAAACUCUUGGUUGAUGUUGAUGAAUCUACGCUUAGUCCAGAAGAGCAAAAAGAGAGAAAAAUAAUGAAGCUGCUUUUAAAAAUCAAAAAUGGAACACCUCCGAUGAGAAAGGCUGCGUUGCGUCAGAUCACUGAUAAAGCCCGAGAAUUUGGAGCUGGGCCUCUGUUUAAUCAGAUUCUUCCUCUGCUGAUGUCUCCUACACUUGAGGACCAGGAGCGCCAUUUACUCGUGAAAGUUAUUGACAGGAUAUUGUACAAACUGGACGACUUAGUGCGGCCAUAUGUGCACAAGAUUCUUGUGGUCAUUGAACCGUUGUUGAUUGAUGAAGAUUACUAUGCCAGAGUGGAAGGCCGAGAGAUCAUUUCUAAUUUAGCAAAGGCUGCUGGUCUGGCUACUAUGAUUUCCACCAUGAGACCUGAUAUAGACAACAUGGACGAGUAUGUCCGUAACACAACAGCUCGAGCCUUUGCUGUUGUAGCCUCUGCCCUCGGCAUUCCUUCUUUAUUGCCAUUCUUAAAAGCUGUGUGCAAAAGCAAGAAGUCCUGGCAAGCCAGACACACGGGUAUUAAGAUUGUACAGCAGAUAGCUAUCCUUAUGGGCUGUGCCAUCCUGCCACAUCUCAGAAGCUUAGUUGAAAUCAUUGAGCAUGGUCUCGUGGAUGAGCAGCAGAAGGUUCGAACCAUCAGUGCGUUGGCCAUUGCUGCUUUGGCUGAAGCCGCAACUCCUUACGGUAUUGAGUCUUUUGAUUCUGUGCUGAAGCCUUUGUGGAAGGGUAUCCGCCAACACAGAGGAAAGGGUUUGGCUGCCUUCUUAAAAGCUAUUGGGUAUCUUAUCCCUCUCAUGGAUGCAGAAUAUGCCAACUAUUAUACCAGAGAAGUGAUGUUAAUCCUGAUUCGAGAAUUCCAAUCUCCUGAUGAAGAAAUGAAGAAAAUCGUGCUGAAGGUGGUGAAACAGUGUUGUGGAACAGAUGGUGUAGAAGCAAACUACAUUAAAACAGAGAUUCUCCCUCCUUUCUUCAAACAUUUCUGGCAGCACAGAAUGGCUUUGGAUAGAAGAAAUUACCGGCAGUUAGUUGAUACCACUGUGGAGUUAGCAAACAAAGUAGGUGCAGCAGAAAUCAUAUCCAGGAUUGUGGACGAUCUGAAAGAUGAAGCUGAGCAGUACCGAAAAAUGGUGAUGGAAACAAUUGAGAAAAUUAUGGGCAACCUGGGAGCAGCCGAUAUUGACCACAAACUUGAAGAACAGCUGAUUGACGGUAUUCUUUAUGCUUUCCAAGAACAGACUACAGAGGACUCAGUAAUGUUGAAUGGCUUUGGCACAGUGGUCAAUGCACUUGGGAAACGAGUCAAGCCCUACCUGCCUCAGAUCUGUGGUACAGUUCUUUGGCGUUUAAACAACAAAUCAGCGAAAGUGAGGCAGCAGGCAGCAGACUUGAUCUCUCGCACUGCUGUGGUCAUGAAGACUUGUCAAGAGGAAAAACUGAUGGGGCACUUGGGUGUUGUGCUGUAUGAAUAUUUGGGUGAAGAAUACCCGGAAGUAUUGGGCAGCAUUCUUGGAGCACUGAAGGCUAUUGUAAAUGUAAUAGGUAUGCACAAGAUGACCCCGCCAAUUAAGGAUCUGCUGCCCCGACUCACUCCCAUCCUGAAGAACAGGCAUGAGAAAGUGCAGGAGAACUGUAUUGACCUUGUGGGACGCAUUGCUGACAGGGGAGCUGAGUAUGUGUCUGCAAGAGAGUGGAUGAGGAUUUGCUUUGAGCUUUUAGAGCUCCUAAAAGCUCACAAAAAGGCUAUUCGUAGAGCCACAGUCAACACAUUUGGCUAUAUUGCAAAGGCCAUUGGCCCUCACGAUGUGUUGGCCACACUUUUAAACAACCUCAAGGUUCAGGAAAGGCAGAACAGAGUGUGCACGACUGUAGCCAUAGCGAUUGUGGCCGAGACCUGCUCCCCCUUCACAGUGCUCCCUGCUUUAAUGAACGAGUACAGAGUUCCCGAGCUGAACGUUCAGAACGGCGUGUUGAAGUCGCUGUCCUUCUUGUUUGAGUAUAUUGGUGAAAUGGGCAAAGACUACAUCUAUGCGGUGACACCCCUGCUGGAAGACGCUUUAAUGGAUAGGGACCUUGUGCACAGACAGACGGCCAGCGCGGUGGUGCAGCACAUGUCGCUUGGAGUGUAUGGGUUUGGCUGUGAGGAUUCUCUAAAUCACCUGUUGAACUACGUGUGGCCCAAUGUGUUCGAGACGUCUCCCCACGUGAUCCAGGCAGUCAUGGGUGCGCUGGAGGGGCUCCGGGUUGCCAUCGGACCUUGCAGAAUGCUACAGUACUGCCUCCAGGGUCUGUUUCAUCCGGCUCGGAAAGUCCGAGAUGUGUACUGGAAGAUUUACAACUCCAUCUACAUCGGCUCCCAGGAUGCACUCAUAGCACAUUACCCACGGAUCUACAACGAUGACAAGAACACCUAUAUUCGUUAUGAACUUGACUACAUCUUAUAAUCUGUUGAUUUUGUGUUCAGUGCACAGCUGUUUCACCCUUAAACUUGCUUCAAUUUGGUGAUAUAAAAUUUUAAACAUUGCAGGUCAGUAUAGAGCUGGUCCUAGAGGAAGAGCUAGAAAUCCAGUAGCAUGAUUUUUAAAUAACCUGUCUUUGUUUUUGAUGUUAAACAGUAAACGCCAGUAGUGACCAAGAACACAGUGAUUACAAGCACUAUACUGGAGGGAUUUCAUUUUUAAUUCAUCUUUAUGAAGAUUUAGAUUUCAUUCCUUGUAUUUAAAGGGAAUGUUUAAAUGAGAAAUAAACAUUUGUGUACAAAAUGCUAAUUUGUGUGUGUUUUUUGAACAUGACUUGUAAAAUGCGGAACUUUGAUAAAGUAUUGGUUUGUGUAGAAAAAGUGGCUUAAUUUCAUUUUUUGUCACCUGGUUAAUAGAAAGUAGUUAGCAGAACAUGAGCUAUAUACAAUGAUGGCGCUUUGUCAGAAAUUGCAUUGUUGUGUUGGUGGCAGCGAGCAGUGUAGCUUUGGGGCAUGCCCUUGGCCAGCGAGCCACCCGCCACCUUGGCGGGACUGUCUGAGUAAUGUGAUGUGCAUUCACGUAGCACCUUCCACCUCUCCCUCUGCAAAAUGCUUCUCCAGGUGUUGAGAGGAAGUGCCCAGUUGUGACAGACCCCGACGGACGUCCGGAAAGCGGAAGAGCGUCUGCGUUAGAUUGCUUUCUGCCUGAGGGGCAGUCUGGCGCUUUCUGCGUCUUCGUUAAGCUGCUGCUCGGCAGUGUGUUUGGGAAGGACCCCUUGCGUCCAGUCACUGCUGAGAUGCAGGGACGGAGCCCGUGUGCACUGUGACGCUGAGGGGCGGGCCGCCGGCAGGUUUGAGGUUGCCGUGCUUCCCAAGGAGCGGGCAGGUGAUAGCUUGAGCCGGCUGUGCAGCUACAGUAAAGCACCCUUCAUUCCGGAGGAACCGAGCAGGCAGGCUCUGCUUCACAGGUUUUGGCAGAUCUUUUAGGUAUGUUAGCAGUUUUUCCUCAUUUCAUUGCACGGCCCCAAGUUUCUUGGUUGUAGCCCUUCGGCCGCCCGUGGCUGCUCUCUCUGGUCCCCUCAUGCUGUGGCGUGAAGGGAAGAAAGCACACACAGCGGUGCGGUGCCGCUGCGGUGAGACGUGCGUGGGGACGGGGCCUGCCUUGGAAGCUCCGGUGAGAAGCGGCUUGUACCGGGCGUUACAGAAUUGAUGGUGAGCAUUCACAGUUCCUGGGCAGAUCUGCAAUGCCUUAUUUUUCUCUUGUGGAUGUAACUUUUUCAACAUGUGUCAUUACAUACGUAGUAAAACAGAAACUCCAGGACCACCUUCCUGUCUGAGACUCUGUCUAGCAGUUCUUUCCCUCCCAGUACAGUGUUAAACCUUGCUGUUCUCUGGUGGAUUUCAAAUGGUCAUUAUUAUUGAUGACGAGAAUUGAGUCCAGUUAGAUUCCAGAGCCAAAGUGUGUCCCUCCCCGCCCAACGUUAAUGACGUUUUUAGGUCAGGGAUUUACAUAGGUCAGUUGGCUGGGCCCUCACUAGUUUCGGACGUGACCUUGUAGAGGGAGUGGGAGGCAGACACUGCCCCUGAGUACCAGUGCUGAUGCAGGUAACUCCGGGGGGAGCGGAAAACGGGUGUGCCCUGAAGAUUGGGCCCAGCAGCUUGAAAGGCUUGGCUUACCCGGUGUACUCCACGCCGAGCGAGGAAGCAUUUUGUGAUCGGGUGUGUGGAAGGUGCUAUGUGAAGCUCUGACUCUUCAGAGAGCUUUUCUUUUGCACUUUGUUUUGAUGUUUCUUAAAAGCCAAACAUAAGCAGGAAGGAAUGAAAUGUUCUUAGGGGCGGAGGGUGGGGUUGCUGUGGGCUUUCGUUGGUGUUCUGUGGGCCAUUGCCCUCUCAUGGAAUUACUCUCUUUGGCUGUUCACUUUUUUCAUAUUGUAUUUUUUAAACUUGUUGUACGGUGCCCUGUGAGCAUCAGGUACCCCCAGACGAAUAAAACUGAUUAUCUCUAAA